GCAACUCUCUUGUUUACUUUCGCGUUCCCCUCCCCCUUUGGAGUGCGGAGCGACGAAACAUAGCAAAAGAUUCAACGAAGCCGCGGACUCAACCUCGCCCAACAUGAGGGUUAUUGAAGUAAUUAUUGACGGCUUCAAGUCUUAUGCCGUGCGUACCGUGAUCUCAGGAUGGGACGAGAGUUUCAAUUCGAUCACCGGUCUCAACGGUAGUGGAAAGUCAAACAUCCUCGAUGCGAUAUGUUUCGUUCUCGGAAUUACAAACAUGUCAACGGUUCGAGCGCAAAAUCUACAGGACCUGAUAUAUAAGCGCGGUCAAGCUGGUGUCACAAAAGCCAGCGUCACAAUUGUUUUCGACAAUCGAGAAACUAAGAAGUCGCCGAUCGGGUUCGAAGAAUAUGCCACCAUUAGUGUUACACGACAGAUCGUUCUUGGAGGAACAUCCAAGUACCUCAUCAACGGCCACCGCGCUCAACAACAGACGGUGCAAAACCUAUUCCAGUCGGUGCAGCUCAACAUCAACAGCCCCAACUUCCUCAUUAUGCAGGGUCGCAUCACCAAAGUCCUCAACAUGAAGGCUGUGGAGAUCUUAGCCAUGAUAGAGGAAGCUGCCGGGACCAGGAUGUUCGAGGAUCGUCGAGACAAGGCCCUCAAGACAAUGGCAAAGAAGGAAACCAAGUUAGUUGAGCUUCGAGAGCUUCUCAAGGACGAGAUUGAGCCCAAGUUGGAGAAACUACGAACUGAAAAGCGUGCUUUCCUAGACUUCCAACAGACUCAAAAUGACCUGGAGAGACUGACUCGAGUGGUUGUUGCGUACGAUUAUCUGCGCUACCAAGACUCUCUAAGCCAGUCAGCGGCAGAUCUCGAAGGAAAGAAGCAAAGGCGGCGCGAUCUGGAGGAGUCAGCAGCUCGUCUAAAGAGUGAGAUUUCUCAUCUUGAAGAGGAUGUUAAGAAAGUGCGAGCUCAACGAGACAAGGAGCUUCGAAAAGGAGGCAAGGCUUCAGCACUAGAGGAGGCAGCCAAGAAGCACUCGAAUGAGCUUGUGCGAUUAGCCACUAUUCUUGAUCUGAAGAAGUCCAGCUUGGCAGAGGAAGAAGAAAAGAAGGUAGCUGUUGAAAAGACGGUCUCAGAGUUGGAAGCCACCCUACAGGAGAAGACGGCCGCUUUCGAAAACGCAAAGGCCCGGUACGAUACCGCCAAGGAAGAUCUGGAACAACAAAACAAAGACGCCGAGUCUAAGGAAGAACUUCUUCAAACUCUGCAGACAGGUGUGGCCUCCAAGGAUGGUCAAGAGAACGGCUACCAGGGCCAACUUCAAGAUGCAAAGAAUCGUGCAACGACGGCGGCUACAGAGCAAGAGCAAGCAAAGAUCAAGAUUGCACAUUUGGAAAAGCGUGUCAAGGAAGAAGAGCCUCGUGCGAAAAAGGCGAAGGAUCAGAACGCCGAUCUCCUGCGCGAUCUUGAUGGCUUAAAGGCACAAGCCCAGAAGUUAGAGAAAGAACUUGGCCGAUUGGGCUUCGAACCUGGUCAGGAAGAGCAGAUGUUCAAGAGGGAGUCAGAGUUGCAACAAACCGUUCGCAAUUUGAGGCAAGAAUCUGACAAGCUGAAGCGUCAAGUCGCCAACACAGAGUUCAACUACGCGGAUCCUGUGCCCAACUUUGAUCGAUCGAAGGUCAAGGGUCUUGUCGCCCAAUUAUUCACUCUUGACAAGGAGCACACUCAGGCCGGCACUGCGUUGGAGAUCUGCGCUGGAGGACGCCUAUACAAUGUCGUGGUUGAUACUGAGGUGACAGGUACACAGCUGCUACAGAGGGGCAAGCUACGAAAGCGUGUCACUAUCAUUCCUCUCAACAAGAUCGCUGCUUUCAAAGCUUCGGCACAAACCAUCGCUACGGCUCAAAAUAUCGCACCUGGCAAGGUUGAUCUGGCGCUGUCUUUAGUUGGCUAUGAUCACGAGGUGUCAGCAGCUAUGGAGUAUGUCUUCGGCAAUACUCUGAUCUGUGCUGAUGCAGAUACUGCUAAGAGGGUCACGUUCGACCCGAACGUGCGCAUGAGGAGUAUCACUCUUGAAGGAGAUGCGUACGAUCCAUCUGGUACACUAUCUGGCGGAAGCUCACCAAACUCGAGCGGUGUUCUGGUACUUCUCCAGAAGCUCAACGGCCUGACUCGUCAACUGAGCGAAGCGGAAGGUGCUUUGAGGGAGCUCCAAGCCCGCAUAUCUAAGGAGAAGGCCAAGCUGGACCAAGCUCGCAGAAUCAAGCAAGACUUGGAUCUCAAGAGCCACGAAAUCAAACUCGCUGAGGAGCAGAUCAGCGGCAACUCUUCGUCUUCCAUCAUUCAGGAAGUUGCGAAUAUGAAGUCAACCAUUCAAGAACUCAAAGAGAGCAUAUCCGAGGCCAAGAUUCGACAAGCCAAGGCAACCGCCGAUAUAAAGACCAUUGAGAAGGAUAUGAAUGACUUCGACAACAACAAGGACGCCAAGCUCGUCGAACUGCAGAAGGCACUUGAUAAGCUGCGAGCUGGCCUCGGUAAGAACGCUGCCGCCGUAAAGACUCUGCAAAAAGAACUCCAGGGUGCACAACUCGACGCUGAGCAAGCGGGUGUCGAUUUGUCUACUGCUCGAGAACAGUUACAAGAAGUUGAGAUCGCCAUCAAAGCCCAACAGAAAGACAUUGAAAACCUAGCAAAGCAAAAGGCUGAACUUCAGGAAACGCACGACACUGUUCAGGCUCAGCUUGAUGAUGAACGCGCCAAGCUGCAUCAAUUUGAUGACGAGCUUCGAGCUUUGGAAGAUGCCACUCGCUCCAAGAACUCGCGCAUUGCUGAAGAGAGUCUCGAAAUGCAGAAGCUUGGUCAUCUUGUGGAAAAGUUCCAUAAAGAGCAACAAGGUGCUGCCGAAAAGGUCGCCCGUCUAGAGAAGGAGUUCGACUGGAUUGCGGACGAAAAGGACAAGUUUGGUCGCAGCGGAACUCCGUAUGACUUCAAGAACCACAACAUUGGAGAGUGCAAGUCAACAUUACACAACUUGACUGAGCGCUUCCAGGGUAUGAAGAAGAAGAUCAACCCCAAGGUCAUGAACAUGAUCGACAGUGUUGAGAAGAAGGAGGUGUCGCUCAAGCACAUGAUCAAGACUGUCAUCAGGGACAAGCGCAAGAUUGAAGAGACAAUCGUCAGCUUGGAUGACUACAAGAAGAAGGCACUCCACGAGACAUGGGAGAAGGUCAAUGGUGACUUUGGUAACAUCUUCUCUGAGUUGCUUCCCGGAGGCAGCUUUGCCAAGCUUGAUCCUCCCGAGGGCAAGACUAUCAGCGAUGGUCUUGAGGUCAAGGUCUGUCUUGGUAAAGUGUGGAAGCAGAGUUUGACGGAACUGAGUGGUGGACAAAGAUCUCUGGUUGCUCUGUCUCUCAUCAUGGCUCUGCUCCAGUUCAAGCCUGCCCCUAUGUACAUUCUUGACGAGGUUGAUGCUGCGCUGGAUCUCUCACAUACCCAGAACAUCGGUCGUCUCAUCAAGACCCGAUUCAAGGGCUCGCAGUUCAUAGUCGUCAGUCUGAAAGAUGGCAUGUUCCAAAACGCGAACCGCAUUUUCCGCACCCGCUUCAGCGAAGGUACUAGUAUGGUGCAGGCUCUCACGCCAGCGGAUAUGAAGUAAUGACGUUGAUGGCAACUGAAAAAUGUCUGGAAUGAGUGUAUGACAGGGACUAGACCGGGUUUUGUACAUGAGGCGUCGGGUUGGAUGGGGAGGUAUGAUGUAUUUUAGGCAUUGGGAUACUAUGUGAUACCGUUUGAUUUAGUAACGUUAAGGCAUGGCCUGCAACUUAUCGAUUGCUUUGAAAGUGCUUCAUUGUUCACGAGAUGGGUUGAUCUUGUAAUAUGAUCGUGAAUAACAAAUUGAUUUGUGUCUCCUCAAACGAUAUUGUAUGUCAGGUAACUAUUUCUCCAGGAACAUGGAAUACGCUGCACGUAACAAAUUACGGACAAUGCCAUUCGUUUGUCGAUGUGUUGAUCAACUUGGUGCAGACCUCGCAUAUUUCACAGUUGAUCUACCCUGAAGAUCCCGAUUUGUCGCUCAGCUCCCAGAUACCGAGCCAGCUCAGCAGGAAGUUCAACAUCCAUGUUCAGUCCCGUAGUAUUUUUUCCUCCGAUCGUGACUUCAGCAAAGGAAUAACCUCUUGCUCGAAUUUCCUCCUCGUUCGGGAAUGACACUGGCAACAAGAACUCCUUUUCAGGUGUGGCUUUCAAGCCGUGGCUAAUUUUGGCUGCGACUUGUUGCAAAAUACCCUGUAGUCCUGAAUCUGUCCAGGGGAAUUUCAAGACAAGAAAGGAGCCUUCAAUAUGACCCAACAGACGGCUAGUCUUGUUUGGAUCAGGAAUCCAGAGGUCGACCUCGAUAUUGGCUAGCAACGGGAAGUGUUCGCGUGAGAUAGCUUGCCAAACAUCUUUCUGACCAACUUCAGAGUCCCGUUGAGCAAGCGUGUACAGACGAUCAAACUCUGAGUGCUUGAAUGAGGCAACGUCACGCUCUAGCUCAAUUCCACAACAUGGCUGAACAGGGAAAACAAGCAGACUCUGUGCAACAGCCCCCUUCCCUUCCGGCUCUGCCCCGGGGAGCCGGCGCUCGGGCGAUCUGCCAGGGCCGAUGUCCAUGUCUUGGACGGCCACGCCGGCCCGCGAGUGGGUCUGCCGGAGGACAUCGCUGCGAUCCACGGGAACGGGAGGGAAGAGGAUCAAGACGGGGACGAGGAAAGCGACGAGGGUGACGGUGAGAAGUAUGAGCGACACGGCGUCUAGGUUGCACACAAAAUGCUUAGUGGCAACCAUUCCAUCACGGAUGCGUAUACCUGAAAGCAUAGUUGUCAUAUUGCUCAGCCGCUGGGCGAGGGCUGAAUCGCGACCUGCAGCGGUAAGAUAGCCCUGCAGGCGCGGGAUCAAAUCCGUCAUUUGCCGUCGAGGUGAGGGGACUGCGCUAAACACUAGGGAGGGAGGCUUGAGUUGAGUUGGGUUGAGUUGAGUUAACCUCAGAGAUGCAUAUGCACUGCAAAGCGCCUCUCGCACGAGCUGCGCAAUAGGGGGAAGCCAAGGGUCUGAGGGCUGAAGUCGACGUUAACGUGCUAGUCCGAUAUUGAUCGGUCUCGUUCUUGAAUGUUUGCAGAUCUUUGUUGUUGUCGACCAAGUUGUGGUGGUCUUUGCUGUAUGUAUGUGUAUUGUAUGUAUGUGAGCCCACACACUGUAGGGUCGACUAGUGAUUUAGGUUUGUUUCGAGUUUUCAUUUCCCCUCAAGUGUCAUGAUAGGUCCAGGAUGUUAAAUCUCCAACUACUCACUACUGUACCUUCGGCGGCCACGGGCCUCCGAUUCAUUGCAAACCCCUCCCAGAGCGCACCUAUCGCAUCGUUGAGUUUUAAAUUACGACCGGGAUAUUCAUAG